CCUGAAGUUGGCCCAGUCAGGCGGCUAACUCCGCCGCGUACGGACGCACGAUCGUGGCCGGUCUCUCCUCUCCUCCUCCUGCUACUACUAACUACUGAAAGGGAGGUGUCUCCUCCAAAGUGCCCAGUGGUGACCUGACUUGACUUGACCUGACUGACCCCGAGUUGAUUCAUGGUGACGUUCGUUCGUCCUAGUCUGAGAACUUGCUUGAUUUAGAGCCAUAGAUUCUCCCAUCGGCUUAUGUCCUACAGAAUCGUAUAAUCAUUUAUUUUGCAAAACAUAUAGACGUGAUUCACAGUUAUGUGACGUACUCUCAGUCGCUCGCGGUCGAUAAGGAACAAGAUGCUGAGUAGAUGCUAAUCUCGUUAAAAGCUCAGGUCGUUUACCUGUGGCAAUCAGAGUAACCCCCUCGAUCUUCGUCAAGAACAGUGAGGCGAACUCCGACAAUGUCUCUUUACUCGUGAAGUGGCGUUUAUCUCCGAAAUGAAAAAGUGUUGAUAGGAAAGUCCCGAUACCGCAAAAAAAUAUAAUAAUAAAAUAAAAUAAAAGUGCGAGAGGAAAAAGAAAGAGAGAGAAAUAAAGCGAGAAACCUUUCGUUGGAUUACGAAACGAUAACCCCUGGGGAAUCAGAGGGAUUACGAAAUUGUAGGCCCAAGGGGAUUUCAAGGGGAUUCGAAACCAUAGGUCCUGGGGAUUUAGGGGGAUUUCGAGACCAUAGGCCCCCAGGGGUUUGUAAGGGAUUUAGAAAACGUAAGCCCCGUGGGAUUUGGAUGGAUGUCGAAGCCAUAGUCCCCAGGAGAUUUAAGGGAUUUGGAAACCAUAGGCCCCUGGGGAUUAGAGGGAUUUAGAAACCAUAGCCCCCCUGGGGAUUUAGAGGAAUUUGGAACCAUAGGCCCCAGGGGAUUUGAAGGGAUUUGGAAACAAUAGCCCCUCCCUGGGGAUUUAGAGGGAUUUUGAAACAAUAGGCCCCAGGGGAUUUGGAGGGAUUUGGAAACCACUGACCUUCUGGGGAUUUAGAGGGGUUUCGUAGCCAUAGGCGCCCUAGGGAUUUGGAAACCUUAGGUCCCCUGGGGAUUUGGAGGGAUUUGGAAACCACAUGCCCUCUGGGGAUCUGGAAACCGUUGGCUCCCUUGGGAUUUAGAGGGAUUUGGAAACCAGUCCCGGGGUAUUUAGAAGGGUUUCGUAGCCAUAGGCCCUGGGGGGAUUUCGAAACCAUGUCAUGCACAAUGCUCGAACGGGAAGACUCCCCUUGCCUUCUGUGUUCUCAAACGUCCACCUGGAGGAGACGGAAAAGAGCAACGCCUCCAAACUGUCCCUCGAGUUCCAGGUGUAGUGGCUACACCUCCACCAACACCUACACCCCGGGAGGAGGCCCUUGCUGCUGCAUGAGGGCUGAAUGCCUCUCGAACGACGAACAGGACGUGUCAGAAGAGGAGGAGGAACCUCCCACUUGGCUCUACAUGACAGUUUGGAUAGCCAGCGUCGCCGUCUACCUCAACGGCCUGGCUGGAGACUUCGUCCACGACGACAUCAGCGCCAUCAAAACAAACCCGGAUGUUUUGGGAACUAACCACGUGUCCCGGGUGUUCUUCAACGACUACUGGGGCAAGCCCAUGGCCGAUCCUUCUUCUCACAAGUCCUACAGGCCUUUCACCAUUCUCACCUUCAGAUGGAACCACUCGAUAUUCGGGCUGCACCCUCUGGGGUUCCACGUGGUGAACGUCCUGCUCCACUCUUGUGCCUGUCUCCUGCUGACGAGGGUCCUGCUCCGCCUUUUCAACCUCUCCCACGGAACCGUCCUUUCUGCUGGCCUCAUCUUCGCCACUCAUCCUAUCCACACCGAGGCUGUCACAGGUCUCGUCGGUCGGGCUGAUAUCCUGGCAGCCAUUACCUUCUUGACAGCGAUACUCACCUACCAAAGAGCAAUGGAAGCUAAUGUCAGCCAUCUUCGCCAAGAUUCCCUCAAAGCGACGAAGGGGAGAUGCGGCAGCGGCGUCAGCCCCGCGGAAGCAAUCAGUGGAAAUGAGGCCGCCGAAUGGGAAAUGGAAGAUUGGAGUCAUGGCGGAUCUUCCUCCUCCUCCUCCUCCUCAGAGGGUGGAGGAGGGAAGGGGAAGAGAAGAUCGAGAACCUACGGAAUGGGUGGAUGCUACGAAUGCGCCGCCAAAGAGAUGGUAGCUGCGCCUCAGUGCCUCGUCUGCGUCCAUCAUUAUUACGCCCCGUCGCAGGAAUCCUCUUGUUGUUGCUCCGAAGUCCCCGGAGGAAUUGGGCUCCUGCGAAGCGAGGACGACACGAGGGCGUAUCAGAAUGGGGCCCAGAAGUGUGACGUGCCCCAGGAAUCCUCCGAAGACGUCGCAGGAGGAGACGAGGAAGAGCGACACGAGCAGCAGUGUCCUGCUGAGGACGAGGUCGAGGACAGAGAGGAGGAGGAGGAGGAGGAGGAAAAGGAUUGGAUCAAGGACGAGCAGCUGUGGGUGGGACUGACGGGGUUGUUGGCUGCCGUAGGAACCCUGUGCAAGGAGCUGGCCAUCACGUCCCUGGCUGUCUGCGCUGCCUGGGACGCCAUCUGUCAUAGGAAGCACCUGAAGAAAAUCUUUCAAAAACACCCGCCAGAUAAAACAUCAGAGGCCAUUUUGAGGAGAUUGAUAUGGCUGUGCAUCAUGGGUUGCGUCAUUCUGAUCUUCAGACUCUGGAUGCUGCAAGGAUCAUCUCCCACCUUCAGUGAGCAAGACAACCCGGCAGCCUACGCCUCCUCUCUACUGACGAGGACCUUGACAUUCCUUUACCUGCCGGCAUUCAACACCUGGCUGUUGCUGUGCCCUUGGAGGCUGUCCCACGAUUGGCAGCUGGGCUCUAUCCCGCUUAUCACCUCCCCGACAGAUGUCAGGAACGUCGCUUCAGUGGUUUUUUAUCUCGUUCUCUUGGGCAUGCUGAGUCGCGGGUGCAUUGCGAAGGGCGAGAUCAGCCGAGUGAUCCUGCUGUCAUUGGCUAUGAUGGUCCUGUCCUUCCUGCCAGCUACUAAUCUCUUCUUCACCGUAGGAUUCGUCGUGGCAGAGAGAAUCCUAUACAUCCCCAGCAUGGGCUGGUCCAUCCUGGUCAGCGUCGGCGCCAACCGCUGCGGACGGUACCGUGCACUUCUCCUCCUGUUGUUGAUCCUCUUCUCCUGCAGGACUCUGCUGAGGAACCAUGACUGGGAAUCCAGGGCGACGCUCUUCAGGGCGGGGCUGCAGAUCCUCCCCAACAAUGCUAAAAUGCAUUACAAUUUCGCCAACCUACAGAAGGACCUCGGCAAUCCCGCGCUUGCUAAGCACCACUACAGAGAAGCCAUCAAACUGUGGCCUGGGCAUCCGAGUGCCCACAAUAAUCUGGGCACUCUUCUGAAUGACACGGACGAGGCGGAAGCUCAUUUUCGACUGGCACUAAAGACCCACCCACAGCACGCCAGGGCCUAUUACAACCUUGCGUCGAUAAGGCAACAGCAGGGUAACCGAGACGAGGCAGUCUCUCUGCUGGAGGAGAGCCUACGACACGACGCCACCAACAAGGACGCCGUGUGGGCCCUAGCAGGACUCUACAGGGAGGCAGGACGGAAGGCCGACGCGGAGAACCUGCACUUGAUGCUCCUAGGGGCAAGGCCUUCUGACCCAGUCGUGCACAACAAUUACGCUGCUUUCCUCCACACUAUAGGGCGAGGGGACGCUGCGCUGAGGCACUACGAGCUGGCACUCGAUUUGGACCCGAGACACACCGUGGCACUCAUCAACACGGCCAAACUCAUGAGGACUCUUCAGCUCGACGCCCAGGCUGAGCUCCUCUACAAAAGAGCAUUAGCAAUCUCGUGGGAAGCGGAGGUUGGAGAGAGCCUGGGGAAACUGUACUUGAACACGGGAAGGUUAGAAGAUGCCGGGGACAUAUUAUCCACAGUCAUCAGACAGAACCCAGAGAUGCUUUCUUCGCGAGUUUAUUUGGCGAGGGUUAAGCUCCAGCAGAGGAACUACCUGGAGAGCGAGAUCCUCCUGCAGGACGUCCUAGACCAGGAACCGGGGCACAAGGAGGCCCUCUUUCAGCUGUCUGUCCUCUACACCCAGACCAACCGCACCUCUCAGGCGUUCCUGGUCGCUACCCACGCUGCCCAGGGCUGCCUGGCGCCCGCUGCCCUCUGCGCCCAUCUCCACGCCCACUACGGGGACCUCCUGAAGGAUCGGCAGGAGAUCGAGAGAGCUAUGGAGAGUUACGCCACGGCUGUGAGGCUGGAGCCUUCGUUGACGCAUGCGUACAUCAACCUAGGUGCGCUUUACCAUACCAAGGGUGAAUACUCCCUGGCGUGGGAGAAUUACCUCAAAGCCCGAAGUCUCGACCCCAGCAACAGCCUCCUUCAGGAGAACAUGGAGAAGCUCCAACGCCUUCAGAACCUCCAACGCUCCUCCUCCUCCUCCUCCUCCUCCUCCACCACCACCACCUCCUCCUCCACCUCCUCCCAGACACACCACUGCCUGGGCAACUCCUGACGAAGGCGGUGGAUGGGGUGGCUGAAGAAAGGAAGGCCUCUUUUGGGGACUGGUGUUGCCUUAGCCCGGAUUUUCCACCAGUCCUGAGUCUCUUGAGUCUCGAGCCUCUGCUGAGUCCUGAGUCUUCGAGUCUCA